CUAUACAGUCAAAAAAAGUCAGGCAUCUCACUUAGUUUAUUUUAGAGCUCCAAUUAUGUCAAAAUUUUUGCCAAAACUGUAAAUAAAAUAAGCCAAAAUUUACAUUACAUCUAGUAAAGACAUUUGGUAUAGUUUAGUUAAUUGGUCCACAAAAUUAUAGAAUACACCCACUAUGUUUUUUGGUCGCUUUACUACCGUUGUUCUGCGCAAAGCCCUCUCCAGAGGCGUUUCCAUCAUAACCGACUAUGAGGAGCGAACGCAUCUUCCGAUGGCCUCGUUAAACAACUUUCAGAGAUUUCCCUUUAGUAGCAAAUGUGGUUCUGGCACUGAUUCUUCGGAUACAGAACACACCAGCAUAGUGGAGAAGGUGAAUUGUGACAAGGAAAAGGAUGCGGCGAAAAGGACAGAUGAGGAAAAGCUAAAGAUAUUCGAGACAUUAUGUUUGGCGGAAAAAAAGAAAGCUUUGGAAAAGGAAAUGCAGAGCAUGAGCAAGGAGGAACAAAUGAUAUUAAAAGGUAUGAUGCAGUGCAUGGAAAAAGGCAUGAAGAAGGCUUGUAAGACAGGAGCCGAACAGAGGCUCAAAGAAGAAAAAGAUCUUGAACAUGAGUGUGCCCAAUUGGAUAAAAAAAAGAAAAUCAGAAAGUUGUUGGGUCAGUGUAAGAAGCAAAAAGCCGAGCAUCGGGAAUCUGGCAAAUCAAAAACAGCCUCUUGCAAGCAAUCCUCGAAAAAGUCGACGAAUGAUACGUCCAAAAAAGAGAAAAAGGACUGCCCGAAAAAGAGAGAUGACAAGCCACAGAAUAAAAUAGAAAGCGAGGAAAAAACAAAGGUAAAAAAACAAAAAGGCGAGCAACGUGAAUCUGGCAAAACAAAAACAGCCUCUUGCAAAGAAUCCUUAAAUAAAUCGCCGAAAGAUGCGUCCAAAAAAGAGGAAAAGGACUGUGCAAACAAGAAAGAUGACAAGCCACAGAAAAAAUUAGAAAGCGAGGAAAAAACAAAGGUAAAAAUACAAAAUCAAGACAAAAUGGUCGAUAAACCGAAAAAUAGUUGUCAACAAGAUUCAGCAAAAUCGGUGGAAGCUGAAGCGUCAAAAAAAGAUAAAAGUGAUAAGCCCGGACUGUGUCAAGAAAACGUAGAUCCAAUAGAAAACAUAUGUCUCUACUUAAAAUUGUGUAAAACUAAGGAACCGACUGAAACAUCUGGCAGUCCAAAAGAGCAAUACUUACUGAAACUAAAGAAAUGCAUUCGUCAAGAGUGGACCGAUAUCUGUCAGACUCGCAAAAGCUUAACAAAAGGAGAGCAGGAAACGCUUGCGCUUUCUCACAAAUGCUUGGCCACUCAAAUAAAGGAUAUGUGCAAAAUAAAGGUGUUGAACGAGAUGUGUGGCACAAGUGCAGAACCGGAAUCUGAAUGCAAGCUCGAUAAAAUGCAGCAGGAUGAUCAAGGAGAUCGAGGUCAGCAGAAAGAGUGUAAACAGAAAGCUGAAAAUACGGAGGCCCAAAAGAAAAAGACAGAGGAGGGGGCUCUUAAGAAACCGUGUGAGGACAAGCCGAACAAAAAUCAGAAGGAAGAUAACGCUCAAAAUAAAAAGCCAGCCGCGGCGGCUCUAAAGAAGAAGUAUGAUGAGGACGCCGUUAAGAAACAGUGUCAAACAGAGGAAGAUAAGAAAAUAAAGUGCGAGGCAGAGUCUAAACAGAAAAUACAAGGGGGAGAGUGUGGAGGGGAAGCUUUUCAGAAUCAAUGUAAGGAGGCAGAUAAAAAAAAAAAUCAAGGAGACCGAACGCACGAAAAAAUUAGUCAAGAAGAACUUAAAAACCAAGGCAAAAAGUCGGCUAACAUGAAAAAAGAAGAAGCGACCAACAAGAAAAAAACAGCAGACGAGGCUCCUAAGAAAAUGAGCGACAAGGAAGCUACACAGAAAAUGGGUAAAGAAGCGGCUUCUAAGAAAAAUAAGGAACAGGGCGAGUGUAAAAAAAAUAAAGAAGAGGAUGCACUAAAGAAAAAAGCCGAAGAAAAAGCUCUCAAGGAGGAGGAAGAGGCUCUUAAAAUGGAAGAGGACGUUCUAAUGAAUAAGUGUGAGGCGGCGGGAAGAAGGAGAAAGCAGGAAGAGGAAGCACUUAUUAAACUGAAAGAAGAAGAGGUUAAUAAAAAGAAAGCAGCAGAAGAAGCUCUUAAGAAAAAGCAAGAAGAUGAAGCUCUUAAAAAAAAGAAAGAAGAAGAUGCCGUAAUGGCAAAGGAAGCAGAAAAGGCUCAAAAGAGAAAAAAUGAUGCGGAUGCUCUAGAGAAAAAUUGCAAGGAAGCAACUUUACGCAAAAAGCUGAUAACACUUAAGAAAUCGUGCGAAGACAAAAUUCUUAAGAAACGGCAAGAAAAGGAGGCACUAAAAAAACUGUGCGAAGAGGAGACUCAAAAGCAAAAAAAAAAGGACCAAGCGAAAAAGAUGGAAGAAGAGGCUUGUAGAAAAGAGCAAGAGGAGUCUCUUAAAAAAGAAGAGGCUCUUAAAAAAGCUAAAGAAGAUGAGGAUCUGAAGAGAAAGGCAGAAGAGAAAGUUUUGAAGAAAAAUAAUGAACAGGACACACUUCAAACGAAAUUUGACGACCUCAAGAGGAAAUGUAAACAGGAGUCUCACCAGAAAAAGCGGGAAGAACAGGCCCUUAAAAACAACAAACAGAAAGAUGACGCAACUAAGGGUUGUGAGUGCGAUCCAUUCAAGUAAUAUACUAAAUUAAAACGCUGAAAAAUAGUCAAGUAGCCUUCACGCCAUGGAUUAUAUAACUUUUUUUUUUAAAUAAAAACUUGUUCCUUUUAACGUAAAUAUCUUAAAAUCAGAUAGAUGAAUAAAGUCGGCUGUUAAUUUGGAACCAAUAACAA